AUUGGCUUUACUUGUCAUUCCAAUCACAGUACUUACAAAGUGCCCCUCCCCAUUGUCCGAGCGGACAUUGACAUUUCACGAUCAAAGUCCACCAAUGGUACAGGUGUUUUAUUGCGCUGUACUCACCUUUAGUCUCUGAAAAGUAGCCAAGGACUAUGAGUGACUCUGGAGACACAGAACACAAUCAGAUAAAGAUGGCAGCACAUCUUCCAAAAGCAUUCAAGAGAAUCAUGGUGUCAUCGCUGACCCCCAAAUUCCGUAGUGCCAUCUCCAUAGAAACAGUUCCCAUGGCAACGCCAGGUCCCAAAGAAGUUCUCGUCAAGAACAGGUUUGUUGGCAUCAAUGCUUCUGAUGUGAACUUCGCUGCUGGGAGGUACGACCCAACCAAAGUGCCCCCUUUCCAAAUCGGGUUUGAGGGCCUGGGAGUGGUGGCUGCUGCAGGGGCGGAGUCCAACUUUAAAGUAGGCCAGCCUAUUGCCUACUUAUAUGAUGGAGCAUUCUCUGAGUACAAGGUUUUGCCGUCCAAGUUUGCCAUCCCGAUACCAUCACUGAAGCCAGAGUACAUCCCACUGAUGGUCAGUGGUCUGACUGCAGCCAUCAGCUUUGAUGAGGUUGGAGAUUUGAAGAAGGGAGAGACAGUACUUGUUACAGCUGCUGCUGGUGGAACAGGACAGUUUGCAGUCCAGCUGGCUAAGAAAGCAGGCUGCCAUGUCAUUGGGACCUGUUCUACUGAUGCAAAAAUGGAGUUCCUGAAGAGCAUUGGCUGUGAUCGUCCAAUCAACUACAAGCAGGAGGACUUGAAUGAAGUACUGAAGACAGAAUACCCUAGAGGAGUUGAUGUAGUUUAUGAGUCUGUUGGAGCACAGAUGUUUGACACCUGUGUGAACCGGUUGGCUGUGAAGGGCAGGCUGAUUGUGAUUGGGUUCAUCACAGGUUACAAGUCUGACACAGGCUACACCCCCAUCAGGGGAGGGGCAACACUGCCUCCUAAGUUGUUAACCAAGUCGGCCAGUGUGCGAGGGUUCUUCCUGUUCCACUACACCAACCUGUGGGUGCCAUACCUGCAGCGGCUGGUGUCCAUGUACCAGGCCGGAGACCUGAUGUCACAAGUGGACAGGGGGGAGGGAUCAGGGACAGGUGUCUUCAACAAAGGUGUGCAGUCCAUACCUGAUGCUGUGGAAUAUCUCUACACUGGUCAGAGCAAAGGCAAGAUCAUUGUAGAGUUCCCAGAAGGAAGCAGCAAGCUGUAAUAAUCAGAGGAUUUUACUCAACAUUUAAUGUACUGAAUUUUUUGGUGAAACCAAAACAAUUUAGAGUAGCCUGGGUGCUAUCCUAUCUAGUAUACUGGGGCUGCCAUACUCACUCUCUAAAUGGGGGUCUUAAUACUAGUAUACAAAUAGGAUGGAUAGCAUCCGGGUUAGAUUUAAAGACCAUUAUUAGUUGUAUAUCAAAUAUCGAUAAUCAUUGUUUUACUUCCAUUAAAAUGGACGUAUUGUUUUUGGCAUGGCUGUGUGUGUGUAAUGGUCUUCAUGAUCACAGAUUUAGUAUUUUACAUGUGUGCAAAUAGACAAUUGAAACAAGAAUAUACAGUAACUGAUGUUACAAACUGAUUUGACCUUAGUGACAAGAAAUGUACACUACCAACUUUGCCUUACAAUACAAAUGUAAGUGCACAACAAUGCACAGUAUAUCAAAUGAUAAUGGUCAUUGAUAAAAAUGGUCAAUUCCCUAAUUGUAUGGUUAUGAAAUUAAAGCAAUAAAAGGUCUUCACAUUUUGAUACCUUUAUUUGAAAUUGCUGUUAUACUUGUACAAAAUGUGGGGUUGACGUUACAAACUACUUGGGCCAGCCAACACUGUACAGAUGUUUGUUUUCUCCACCUAGAAAUGCAUCACAACAAAUGCACAGCUGUGCAGAAGCCUCAACCAUAUCUUCUACUCUUCCAUGUGUAUGAAGCUUAAGCCUCUACUUUAGUGAUUACAACCACAAUAUGAUUUCCACAGCUCCACCUUUACCUGAUAAGCAUAGAUUAUUUCUAAUGCCUCCCUUUCCUCCAUUGUCUAUAGCUAGCUGGCACCAUUCGUAUUCUACCAUCACUAUUUUGCUGUGUGACACUAAUAUUGAAUACAUAGAACAAAGAUGAUAUUGACAUGGGCUUGUGUUAGUUUUUACGCUGAUAGCAUUGGCAUCUGGAGAUGGA